CCUUAAAGCAGCUUUAAACCUCUGGAGAAAUGAAGUGUAACUUCUAUCUCUAUGGUAACCACUCUCUGCCUGCCCACGUGAUCUGCUCCGUUACUUCCUGCGGCAACGCUCUCGCGCUCUCUCGCUGCCGCUGCCGCCGCGCAGAUUGCUAUCACUAUAUAUAAAUAUAUGCCAGUCAACACAACACUUCAGCCGCUCCUUUCCUUUCACUCCGACGCGAAGACUUCGGUUUAGUUUAACCACGUCGCUUAUCCUGCCUCCUGCGGAGUUUUCUUCAGCCUAAGAGCUUUUCCCGAGCUUCACAAGCUGCUUUGGGUAAGAAAAGCGCGUUUGUAGUGCGUGUAAAGGCAGCUCAGUUUCUCAGCAAUGGCGACAGCUGCGGUAUCUGCCCCUGCUGGCGGCGGCUCGAACCCCGGAUCCGGUGCCGAGAUGGUCCGCGGUCAGGCUUUCGACGUCGGGCCGCGCUACAGCAACCUCUCGUACAUCGGAGAAGGCGCAUACGGCAUGGUUUGCUCGGCAUAUGAUCGUGAUAAUCAAGUGCGUGUGGCGAUAAAGAAAAUCAGUCCGUUUGAGCACCAGACAUACUGUCAGCGCACACUCCGUGAGAUUAAAAUCCUGCUCCGCUUCAAGCACGAGAACAUCAUCAGCAUCAACGACAUUAUCCGCACUCUCACCAUCGACCAGAUGAAAGACGUCUACAUUGUACAGGAUCUGAUGGAGACGGACUUGUACAAGCUGUUGAAGACGCAGCACUUGAGCAAUGACCACAUCUGUUACUUCCUGUACCAGAUCUUGCGCGGCCUGAAGUACAUCCACUCGGCAAACGUUCUCCACAGAGACCUGAAGCCAUCUAACCUGUUGCUCAACACUACUUGCGACCUCAAGAUCUGUGAUUUUGGGCUCGCCCGGGUGGCCGAUCCAGACCAUGACCACACCGGAUUCCUGACGGAGUAUGUAGCCACACGUUGGUACCGCGCACCAGAGAUUAUGCUCAAUUCUAAGGGUUACACGAAGUCCAUUGAUAUAUGGUCGGUCGGUUGUAUUCUGGCUGAGAUGCUUUCGAAUAGACCCAUCUUCCCUGGGAAACACUAUCUGGACCAGCUUAACCACAUCUUAGGUAUUUUGGGCUCCCCCUCUCAGGAGGAUCUCAACUGCAUUAUCAACAUUAAGGCGAGAAAUUACCUGUUGUCACUUCCUCUCCGCUGCAAAGUGCCCUGGAACCGCCUGUUUCCUAACGCCGACCCUAAAGCGUUGGACCUGUUGGAUAAGAUGUUGACCUUUAACCCUCAUAAGAGGAUUGAGGUGGAGGAGGCGCUGGCUCACCCGUACCUGGAGCAGUACUAUGACCCCUCAGAUGAGCCUGUUGCUGAGGCUCCGUUUAAGUUCGAUAUGGAGCUAGAUGACUUGCCCAAAGAGACUUUGAAAGAGCUGAUCUUUGAAGAAACUGCACGCUUCCAACCAUGCUACAGACCAUAGCCUAUCACACAGGUGUUGGUCUGGAUUCGAUCAUGCUGAUGCUUCUGUCUCCACUUCACUUCUAUGUCCUCUUUUGGUCUUCAUCGCCAUCAUCUCCAUCGAUAUCUCCUCCUCUUCCUAAACUACAGGCAGCCCUCAAAGUUCAUCUUGACCCCAGCUGAGAACAUGCACUCCUGCUCUCUUCACCUGCUUCACUCCUUCAGUCUCAUUACAAUGAAAGCGCAGAGCUUGUCUCACACUCACACUCUCUCUUCCUGCCCGUCUGUGUGAACACCUCGUCAAGGUUUCUGAUUCCGAUUAACCCUUUUUCUCUCAGUCUCCUGAUACACUUCAGUAAAAACCGUCUAUGAUUGUGUUAUUGUUGUGCUUCUUUCUAGCCUCCAAGCUGCUUUUCUAAAGUGUCUGUAAGCCAUUUUGAAGUCCCACAGAGGUCAAACGGGGAGAGAGCGAGGGCUCAGAUCUCCUCUAUUCUUAAAUAUAUAUGCAGUGGACUCGCAUUUAUCCACAUUGUGCAUCGCCAAUUUCCUCAAAGUGCGAAAUUUGCCACGGUGCCAUUUUAAGGCUUAAAUGUAUUUUCAUUAAUGCAAAUAUUUAUGUACUAUUGACCCCUUAAAAUUUAUUAAAAACCUGUAAUUAAUUUGUCUGAUUAUUUUAUAACCCCCAUAUAGUGACUUGACUAAUAUACAU